UUAAUUACCUCUAUAAUGGUGUGAAUUUAUUUUGUUCAGCUGCCAUACUAUCCACUUCCAUAUUUUAGUGAAUUAUUGCUUACUUUAAUUCAGAUGUAAAUCUGCUGUGAACAGAGAAGUGAAAUUGGGUGGCUCUGUGAAUCAAAAAGUGAUGGCUGAGGGCUGGACAAAUAAUGUCCUUUGCAGAUACUUCAUGUACGGCACGUGUCGCAACGGCACGGGCUGCACGUACUCGCACGACUCGAACCUGGCGCGACCCACGCUGCCGUGCCGCUUCUACAAGUGCGGCACGUGCGCGUACGGCAGCAAGUGCCAGUACCUGCACGAGACGCAGGCCGAGGCGGCCGGCCGACAGUCGGCGGCCGACGCGGCGCCGACAGCCGCCGGUCAGCCGAGCAAGACUGGCGGCAACGGCGGCAGGCGGCCGAUGAAGGACAUCUGCCUGCGGGACAUGUCGACCGGCGCGCGAGUGCCGGUGAACUGGGCGGACGCGCCCGAGUUCGUGCCCAGCUCAGGCCGAGUACCUCCGGCGUCAGGUCCGGAUACGCGUUCGUACGCGGCUGUGGUGCAGCCCUCCGGCUCCGGCCGCGACCCUGACGACGCGGAGCUGGUGCCGCUCUGUCCGUAUGCCGCCGUCGGCGAGUGCAGGUACGGCGUGCACUGCGUGCUGCUACACGGCGACGUGUGCGAGUACUGCCAGUGCGCCGUGCUGCACCCGAACGACGCCGCUCAGCGGCGCCGCCACCGCGCCGAGUGCCUCAGCACGCACGAGAAGGACAUGGAGCACUCGUUCCGCAUGGCCAAGUCCAUUGACAAGAUGUGCGGCAUCUGCAUGGAGGUGGUGGUCGAGAAGAAGGAGCUGAGCGCCCGGCGAUUCGGAAUCCUACCCAGCUGCAGCCACUGCUUCUGCGUAGCUUGCAUCCGGCAGUGGCGCUCCUCCAGCCAGUUCGAGGCCAAAGUAACCAGGGGCUGUCCGGAGUGCCGGGUGCACAGCGACUUCAUCUGCCCCAGUCGCUACUGGGUGGACGACUCGGAGGAGAAGACCAAGCUCAUCAACGACUACAUCAAAUCCUGCAGCAACAAGCCUUGCAAGCACUUCAACGAGGGCCGCGGGGAGUGUCCGUUCGGCAACAAGUGUUUCUACCGGCACACGUACCCGGACGGCCGGCAGGCGGAGCUGGGGCCGCCGCGCCGCCGCCGCCGCCAGAACCAUCUGAUCGAGACCGAACUCAUGUCGGACGUCAUGCUCAGCGACUUCCUGAGCGACGAGAUGCGGGCGCUGGACGAGGAGGACGCCGACGAGGCGAUCCGGCUCAACCUGAUGAUCAUCCAGGCCGGCUCGCUCAUGGACAUCAUGUUCCCGUCCGACUCGGACGACGAGUGACGUACAAACGCGCGUGCGUCCGCCGCGCCCGCGCCGCCACGUCUUUCUGUUGCGUCCGCGCGCCGCCCCGCCCAGUCU